GCGAGCACCACCAGCCGCCACCGGAUCGCCGCCAGUCCUUGCGAUCGAACGAUCGAGACCGGAUCGAUAAACUCUCCUCCUUUCCAGCCUUGGGGAUCCGAGUGUACCGAAGCUUUUCCACGCUUUGCGACUGGUCACGUGGCGCGUCCCAUCUUUUAACUUGCAAGUUUCAAGACUGAUAUUUUUUUCUUGGAGCAAUUCUCGAGAAGAGAUCGAGCUUCGCUUUGGCGAUUUUUCUUUGGAAUUCUGUUUUUUUUUUUGUUUUUCUUUUUUUUGGGGGGGGGGUCAUUUACGUAUCAUCGUGUGAUACGUAAGCAUUGUCGAUGGUGUUCGAGUUUUGGAAGUUUUCGUAAGGGGUUAGUUUCGAAGAGAAUUUUUAAAAUAAUAAGUUUUGGAAGAGGAAACAGUUGGGAAGAGACUGUCGAAGAGGAGUCGAGUGUAGUGAAGAAUCGACAGUGACAGCAGGCUGAUUAUGAUUAUUGUAGAUGAUUUUUCAUCGUCGGGAAUCAAUUAUAAUCUAUUUAUAGAUUUUGCUCGAUUGAACGGAAUUCGAGGAACCGAAGAAUCCGAAGGGACAAUUGUAUUAAUAUUGGAGGAAUUGGUAUCGAAGAUUAGCUAAUUGGAGACUAAUUUCUUUUGAGUAAUUAACUCGAUUCAUUCGAUUUCAAAAAAAGUUUGUAAUGAAUAAUCUGUAAUGAAUAUUCUAUUAUCGAGUGAUGGUUCUCUGAUAAAUGUAUAUAUUUAUAACAGUCUUUUUUUUUUUUUUUUUUUGGAAUCAUUUAUCGUUACUCCAAAUUUCAAAAUUUCAAAAUUCGGAGUAGAUUAAUUGAACAACUCUUUUUCGAACUGGUAUUAAUUGGUGAUGGUGAACGGGUGUGAAUUUGAAUAUACAAGGGGUGAUUGAACAGGAGAAGGAAGGACAAAAUGUUGUUCAAGGGAAAUAGUUCGAGAUUGGAGUUGUUAAUAGGCAAAAUCCAAGCGCACAAGGAACCUUCUCAGGAGGAGCAGCAUAAGUCCAAAGAGGCGUUGGGGACCGGAAGUUCGUCGUGGCAGAGCGAGGAUGGCGGACCAAACUCGCGGCGAGGCGGCGAGACGCCCUCGUCUUGCGCGACCCCGACGUCGGCCAGUUUCCCGUCGGAGCCAGAGGUCGACGCCGACGUCGGAGUGAACGCCGACGGGAGCAACGCGACAGCCCCUUACCCUUGCCAAUUCUGCGACCGCACGUUCCCCCGGCUUAGCUAUCUCAAGAAGCACGAACAGAGUCACGGGGACCAAAUGCCAUACAGGUGCAGCUGGUGUGCCAGAUUAUUCAAACAUAAACGCAGCAGAGAUCGACACGUAAAGCUUCAUACAGGAGACCGAAGAUAUCGAUGCACGCACUGCGAGGCUGCUUUCUCCAGGAGCGACCAUCUGAAGAUCCAUAUGAAAACUCACGACACGCAGAAACCGUAUCAGUGCACGGCCUGUUCCAGAGGGUACAACACAGCAGCUGCCUUGACAUCCCAUAUGCAAUCUCACAAGAAACAUCAUCAAUCGCAAGGAUCGGCCAAGGACAUCGAUUACGGUAGAAGAAGCGUGUCCUCUCACAGUACAUCAUCGCCGCCAGUACCGAGUUCCCCAUCACCGUCUUUAAACCUCUCCUUGAACCCGAAAUCCGGGUUGAAAAGCUCGCAGGGCAGUGUUUCGACAACGCCGAUCCUAAAUUCUCCAUUGAAACUUGCCUGCAUGUACUGCACCAGAGAUUCUUUCAACUGCAUGCAACAGCUCCAGAUGCACGUGCAUACAAUGCAUCAAGCUAUCUUAAGCGGCGAAACUGUUGCGGUAUCUCCAUCGACCAAUAGAGCCAACGAACAGAUUGGUUAUCAACAUGGUGAGAAAAAUUUAGAUCGAUCGGAAGGAACUUCGAAGGAGCAUAAUAGGAAAUAUCAAGAUGAUUCAGAGAGGUCUAUGGAAAAGGAUCAUUAUGAAAACGCGUUUACGUGCAAUCAGUGUACGAUGAAAUUCUCCACAUUAGGCUCUUUGAGAGAUCACUUGAUCUCGAUCCAUAGAACGGACAGUUUCAACUCUGCCUUGAUGAUGUGCCCUCUUUGCGGCAUUCCCUGUGCUUCGGCAGCUGCUUACGCGGAACAUUAUGUUCUUCAACAUUGUGAAAAUCGAUCGAUAGCUCCCCUGGAAAGUAAAGACUAUAUAGAUGCGAAAAUGAACGGAAGUUACGAGUCUAAAAGUUCCAGAAAUCAGAAAUCUAGAGAACAAAUAUCUUCUUCUGAGCCAGCAGAUUUAACUAGCAAGCAUACCACCACUACGGAAAACAAUUAUUCAGCUGGUACUCUGUUAUGUGGCCAAUGUGGAGCAGCUUUAAAAGACUUUGAAUCUUUUAGAGAACAUCUGGCUAGACACCUUCAAGCUAAUCAUAGAAACGAUGCUGUCAGACAUUCUUGUCCCAAGUGUGAGGCCACUUUUCAAGACAGGGAAGAUAUGUUUGUGCACUUGACAAAGCAUUAUCUAGGUCAGAUUAGUAAAGAAUAUGCCUGUGGUGCCUGCAAAAAGCUCUAUCCCCAUCCAGAUCUUCUUCAAAGGCAUUUGCUCGAUAGUCAUGCUCACCACCUUUACAGAUGCGCUCUGUGCAGAGACACUUUUGAUUCCAGAGUGGCGAUACAAGUCCAUUUUGCUGUGAAACACAGUCAGGAGUGUAGGAUCUAUAGAUGCAAUGCUUGUACGGUGUCCAAUAACGAAAAUUCGCCGGGUAAUGCACCAGGAGAAGGAAAAAGUUUCUUUAGGAGUGAAUCCGAGAUGACAAAUCAUGUGAGAAAUGUCCAUGCACCUCCUACUGUAUCAAAUAACAGCCCUGUAGCCAGAAGUCCUGCAACUACUCCUGGAAUAACUGGAAAUUCCGGACCAAGAUGUGUUUUCUGUGGAAUUUGUUGUACUUCUGAACUGGAAUUACAACUCCAUUUGGCUAGCCAUUCUGCUAAUUUGUACAGAUGUCCAGUUUGUAGAGAGGGAUUUGCUGUAGAAUUUUUGUUGGACAGGCAUAUUGCUCAAGCACAUCAUUCCAGUAAUCAUCAAGGUAUUAUUAGAAGUAGCUCUAGAGAAAAUGGAAGGAUUGGUAGACCGCCAAGAUUGCAAGAAGAGACAAAAUCUCAAAAAAGAGGUCGUUCUCCAGCAUCCAGCAACAACAACACCGUAAAUCAACGAGACAACAAUAAUAAACGUCCAAAUUACUCCAAUACAUCUUCUCAACAGUGUGAUCUCUGCGAAAGAGGGGAAUUUUCUAAUGAAACAGAACUCCAAGCCCACAAGAAAUUGGUUCACACUCCAGCUAAGUUUCAAAAUAAAUCUAUAUCAAAUCUCAGCAUGACUUGUGCAUAUUGUGGAGAAGUAUGUCGUUCUAGAACUGAUCUAGAAUCUCAUACAAGGAUUCAACAUGCAUCAAAUGAACCUGGGGGCCGUCACAAAUGCAAUAUUUGUGACGAAGUCUGUCCUUCAGGUGCAACUCUAGCAGAACAUAAACUGCAAAAACACUGUAAAAUUCAACUAAGUGACACGUGUAUUGUUUGUCGAGGAAAUUUAUCUUCAGAAUCACAAUUUUUAGAACACGUUCAAAGACACAGUUUGGAAAACGUGGAUCCUCAACAGAGAUUAGAUGGUUCUCUUCCCCAUCUUCCUGCAGCGUGUGUAGUUUGCAGACAGACACUGAUCAGCGAUUUGGAAUGUCGUCUUCAUGCUAGACAUCAUUUGAGAGCUUCUACUGGUCCUCACAGUGUGGGAUCUAGCCCUAGUCCCAACCAAAAAAAUCAGAAUCCAAGUUGUUGUCUUUGCUUAAGAGAUUAUUCUGGUGAUGACUUUGUUAAUUUGCCACCAAGUCAUGUAAGUGGAGGAGGACAAUCUUUGAGAGUCUGCAAGUCUUGCUAUAUUCGUCACUCUCAAGGUUUACCUAUUUUGAAUUCAUAUGAAUCUGUUAGAUCUAAAUGUGAUGAUUCUUGGACAUCUAAUAAUAAAGAUGGACAAUGGGAUGGAUCGAAAAAUAAAUGGGAAUCGGAGAAUAAAUAUAAAGAAAAUAGAAAUGGAAUGAUUGAUAAUAAGAGAUGUCAAGAUUGUGGAGUGAAAUUUGAAGAUUCUGAAGAGGUGGAAAAACAUAGGAUAAUAGAGCAUGAGAAGACUGGAGCUGUAUCUAAUACAUAUACGUGUAUACAAUGUCAAAUGUCAUUCGCAACAGAAGCAAAGAUUCAGCAGCAUAUAAAGAAAGAACAUUUGGAAGUAUCAGAAAAAACUUCCAUGGAGGCAUUACGAUGUCAUUUAUGUUUAUUUGAAGCUAAUAGUCCAUUACAGUUGCAAAGCCAUUUGAUAGAGCACACUUUUGCAGGAUGUGCCGCUCUCAGCUGUUAUAUUUGCCAAUCUCUUUUCACUGCACCUAUUGGUCUUCAGAAUCAUAUGCUUCAAGAACAUGGUUUGGGUGCACGCCCAUAUGAUUGUUCCCAGUGCACAUUAAAAUUUUUCUUCAGAGCAGAAUUAGAUCACCAUAUGUUAACAUUCCAUCGAUCCGGAGACGUAUCCUCGCCUGAUGAAGAUAUACGAAACAAUAUUGAAACAAAACCAAGAAACACUGAAGAAAAUAAUUCUGAUGAAAGAAUAAUGGUGAAAGAAGAAUUGUUACCGGAAGGUGCAGACGAAGAAGAAGAGAUCAACGUGGAUGAACAAGUAGAAGAGAACGAGCAAAAGGAAGACAAACAGUUAGAAUUCGAGACAAAAUUAAAAACUGAAACCGAGGAAGAAAAUAUUCUUCAGUCUUCCGUUUCCGAGAAAAUGGAAUCGUGAUUAUUUCUCGUUGAUCGAGAAAGUAAAAGGUUCGAAUAAAACAUAAUUUUUUAAUUAGUCUGAGACAAAGAUAUGAUAAAGAAAUUAAUGACAUAUUCUUAGACUAAAUCAAAGCUUAAAUUAUCUAUUAAUAAUAUAUUAAUAAACUGCACAUAUAUUUUU